UCCUCCGCCCCCGCGGUGCCCUUCCGUCUGGGCCGCAGCGGCCCCUCCCCGGGCACCGCUGUGCCUUUCGCUAAUCUGUCCUCGCGCGGGCUCGGCGGCGGUGGGAGGGGCGGGGAGACCCCGGGAGAGAGAUAGCCGGAGAAGGGGACGCCGAGAUAAGGGGGAGCCGAGGGGAAGCCGGGAUGGCUGAGGAGCUCAUCACCGCCGUGUACUGCACCGGGGUGUCUGCUCAAGUGCAGAAGCAGCGGGCCAAGGAUCUGGGCCUUGGCCGCCAUGAAAACGCCAUCAAGUACAUGGGCCAAGACUAUGAGCAGCUGCGGGCUCACUGCCUGCAGAGUGGGGCCCUCUUUCGUGACGAGGCUUUCCCCCCAGUGCCCCAGAGCCUAGGCUACAAGGACCUGGGCCCCAACUCCUCCAAAACCUAUGGCAUCAAGUGGAAGCGUCCCACGGAGCUGCUCUCGAAUCCCCAGUUCAUUGUGGAUGGAGCCACCCGCACAGACAUCUGCCAGGGAGCCCUGGGGGACUGUUGGCUCCUGGCUGCCAUUGCCUCCCUCACCCUCAAUGACACGCUUCUGCAUCGAGUGGUUCCACACGGCCAGAGCUUCCAGAAUGGCUAUGCCGGCAUCUUCCAUUUCCAGCUGUGGCAGUUUGGGGAAUGGGUGGACGUGGUCGUGGAUGACCUGCUGCCCAUGAAGGAUGGGAAGCUGGUGUUUGUUCACUCUGCCCAAGGCAACGAGUUCUGGAGUGCCCUGCUCGAGAAGGCCUAUGCCAAGGUGAACGGCAGCUAUGAGGCCCUCUCCGGGGGCAGCACUUCAGAAGGCUUCGAGGACUUCACAGGCGGGGUCACCGAGUGGUAUGAGCUACGCAAGGCACCCAGCGAUCUCUACCAAAUCAUCCUCAAGGCCCUGGAGCGGGGGUCCCUCCUGGGCUGCUCCAUUGAUAUCUCCAGCGUUCUGGACAUGGAGGCCAUCACCUUCAAGAAGCUGGUGAAGGGCCACGCCUACUCUGUGACAGGGGCCAAGCAGGUGAACUACCAGGGCCAGAUGGUGAGCCUGAUCCGGAUGCGGAACCCGUGGGGCGAGGUGGAGUGGACGGGAGCCUGGAGUGACGGCUCCUCGGAGUGGAACAGCGUGGACCCUUAUGAACGGGAGCAGCUCCGGGUGAAGAUGGAGGAUGGAGAGUUCUGGAUGUCCUUCCGGGACUUCAUGCGUGAGUUCACGCGCCUGGAGAUCUGCAACCUGACGCCCGAUGCUCUCAAGAGCCGGUCCAUCCGCAAGUGGAACACGAUGCUGUACGAGGGCACCUGGCGGCGGGGGAGCACUGCGGGCGGCUGCCGCAACUACCCAGCCACCUUCUGGGUCAAUCCCCAGUUCAAGAUCCGGUUGGAGGAGACGGAUGAUACAGACGACGACUAUGGGGGUCGCGAGUCAGGUUGCAGUUUCGUGCUCGCCCUCAUGCAGAAGCACCGACGCCGCGAGCGCCGCUUUGGCCGGGACAUGGAGACCAUUGGCUUCGCUGUCUACGAGGUCCCUCCGGAGCUGGUGGGCCAGCCCGCAGUGCACCUGAAGCGGGACUUCUUCCUGGCGAACUCGUCGCGGGCGCGCUCAGAGCAGUUCAUCAACCUGCGGGAGGUCAGCACCCGCUUCCGCCUGCCGCCUGGGGAGUACGUGGUGGUGCCCUCCACCUUCGAGCCCAACAAGGAGGGGGACUUCGUGCUGCGCUUCUUCUCAGAGAAGAGCGCCGGGACCCAGGAGCUGGACGACCAGAUCCAGGCCAAUCUCCCUGAUGAGCAAGUGCUCUCAGAAGAGGAGAUUGACGCGAGUUUCAAGACCCUCUUCAGGCAGCUGGCAGGGGAGGACAUGGAGAUCAGCGUCAAGGAGCUGCAGACCAUUCUGAACAGGAUCAUCAGCAAACACAAGGACUUGCGUACCAAGGGCUUCAGCCUGGAGUCAUGCCGCAGCAUGGUGAACCUCAUGGACCGGGACGGCAACGGGAAACUGGGCCUGGUGGAGUUUAACAUCCUGUGGAACCGAAUCCGGAAUUACCUGUCCAUCUUCCGGAAGUUUGACUUGGACAAGUCGGGCAGCAUGAGCGCCUACGAGAUGCGGAUGGCUAUCGAGUCUGCAGGCUUCAAGCUCAACAAGAAGCUGUAUGAGCUCAUUAUCACCCGCUACUCGGAGCCAGACCUGGCUGUGGACUUUGACAACUUCGUGUGCUGUCUAGUGCGGCUGGAGACCAUGUUCCGAUUUUUCAAAACUCUGGACACGGAUCUGGAUGGAGUCGUGACCUUUGAUCUGUUUAAGUGGUUACAGCUGACCAUGUUUGCAUGAGGCAGGGGCUCAGGCCCCCUUGCCGUGUUCCUCUCCCUCGUCUGCCAAGCCAUGCCUUCCCGCCAUGCCACAGCAGGCCACACCAGCUGCAAGUGCCUUCCUUCGGAGCGGGAGGCAGCCUCGUCCUCCUGUCCUUCACGUCCCAGCUGCCGUGGCUCAUCUGCUCUGCGCAGAGCCGUGUGGCCUUUCCUGCCUUUGCCCGCUGUGGGCUCAGGGGGCACUCGUCCGCCCCUCCCGUCGCCAAACAAGGAAGGCAGCUUUCGCUUGUCCCUGCCUCAGGAUGGGGGCCCAGGGGGAGCCGACAGCCCCAGGCCUCCGACGAUGUGUGCUCUCCCCUCACUCCAGAGGCCACCCCCCACCCCCACCACCCAGUGUCACCUGCAGACCUUCAGACAGAACCACUAGCUCUGCACAGUUACAGCCCAGCUGUGCAGGCCCUUCCCAGCCGAGGCCUCCUCCUGGGCCUGGGAAGGCCCGCUCCUUCCUGCGCAGAAGCCCGUGUCCCUCGCCAACUUGGCCUGC